AUGAGUGAUGAUGACUUUUUCCAAGACAAAGGCAGCAGCUCGUUACAGUACAUCAAGUGCAAGACCAGCACGAAGAUUGAUGACAUUUUGAAGAGGCGGAGAGAUAAGUUGACCAACGGGGGGCGAACGGGUGAGGGAAGCAGAGGGGAGGGCCCAAAUGGGGAGAGCCCAAAUGGGGACUCCCCCCCAGAGGGUUACCCCAAUGCAGGAAGGCAAAACGAACGGCACAGCGAAGGAAGCAGACAUGGCAACGAUGAAAUGUACCCCAAAUGGGGAGAAAAAAGUGACAGUGACGACCGGAGGAGCAGCUACCAACUGGAGGAAGUGAACAAAUAUCUCUCAAAGCAUAGCCAUGCAAACCUGCUGGAUGAUGGGGAGCUCAAAUUGGAAAGGAACCACAAACAGUACAGUUACACUCUAGGGAGGAACAGUUUCGCAAAGGAUUCGACGAAAGAUAUUUAUCCCUACGAUGAGAAAUUAAAAAAGGGGAAUAUUAAAAGUUGCGGCAGUUUGUCUGCCUUUGAUCAUGCGAAAAGGAGCCAAUUAGGCGCGUCAAAAUCGCUGGACCGUUUAAGCCUACAAGGGAGGGAGAAGAGUAGCAAUUCACACCAUCAGCAUAAUGAGGAAGGCGCAAACUACGCAGAGGACCCCCUGGGGGGUAUCCUAAACCACAUAUAUAAGACCCCUAGUACGGAGGUCCUUUUGAGGGAGAUAAGAAGCAAAGGGGAUGAAGACGGCAACGUUCUUCACGACGGUGAUGAUAUCGAGGGGGAAUAUAACAACGGCCAUGAUGAAAAUAGAGAUGAAAUUUUUGCAAACUUAAAUAAAAUCUACCUGAACGAUGUAGAUUUAAAUAAAACCCCAAGUAAAAGCUUCUCGAGGAGUUAUUUCGAAUAUUUGAAAUUCGAAACAGCUGGGAAGAUGAAUAUGAGUGAGCUGGAGACCCCCGCAAAUUUGAAGGACGAAAAAGAUGAAGAGGGCACGAACACCCCAUUUAUUACGUAUUAUUUGGCUGGGCAGACAAGCAAAAGUGGGCUUGAGCAGGAGGGAAAUCUUGACGAUCCCUGUGAGGGUGAAAAGGAUGGAGUUGCCCCCUCUGCGGAGGAGGCUCAGAAGGGAAUUAGCGGUUAUUUGCCAGAAAAGGAGCCACACACACUGGAAGAGUUAACUUCGAAAGGGGAUAGCCAUUUUGUUACGGAGGAGGGAGGCGCUGUUGUUCCCCAUUUGGUUAAUCAUAAUAACAUGGUCUCUUACCAGGGGGGUGACCCCCAUAAUAGAAGCAGCUACAGCGGGGGGGGCGAGAGGGGGGCCCUCCUCAAGCUUGCCGGUUCGCAGAAGUAUAAUUUUGUGAAGAGUGAAGAAGAAUACAACAUGAUGAGGGGAAGAAAUGGCCAAAAUGAAAUGCGCAAAGAUAAUGUAGCCACGAAUGGUAGAAUUGCACAGAGCAGCAACGUAAACUUUUCGGGAAGAAUUAUCUCCAAUAAUAACGUAAGCUUUAAUGAUAACAUUUUUCUGUCAAAUCAGUUUCACAUAAUGAAUACGAAAUCGUUUCGGGACAAUCUGUUCGUCGAUUCGAAGCAAUGCCACAGGGAGAACACCAUGCCGCUGCACAUGGGGAAGCAUAGAAGUGACGCUUUUCCUCCCCGGUGUGAGCUAAGAAGAAGUGUAACCUUAAGAGACAUGCCGCUAACUAAUUCAGUGGUGGAGAAACCAGGCGUCUGUGAGAUCUCCUCUGGGGAAGGCGCUUUGCACAAAGGAGGGCACAAUUAUGCCAGCCCAUGGAAUGGCAAAGUAGAGACCCAUGAGGAUAGACCCUUUGAUGUGAACACCAACAAUCUGGUGGUUAACUCAAUGAUGGUGAAGAGGUCCCAAACGGGAAUUAACCAAAUAGACGAAUUUGCAAUUCAUCGGAGUGCCAGUUUUGGGGAUAGAAAAAAUAGCGCCGAUGUGGUAAGCAAGUUGGGUAAGGACCCCCCCACAGGUGUAUAUUCCCGUGAAUACACCAAAGGGUGUGAUAACCCUCCGUUUCGUUUUAACUCCUUAAAGGGGAGCACCACGCAGUUAGCCAGCCAAGAGGAGGACAACCCUAGUAGGUGGGGCAGAUCCGCAGAGGUGAGCAAAAGUGUCAAUUACAACAUCGGAAGGGGUUAUAGCAAUGUGCACGAGUUGUCUACAGAGGGGGGAAGAUUACCUCGGAGAAGCGACCCUUCCAAACAGAAAAAUGAAAUCAUUUUCACCAAGCUGAGCAAUGUGAACAUACCAAGUGAUGAUGCGAGUAGUGCUCUUCUCAACGCAGGGAUGUACUCAAUCGAAGGGAGAGAAAAAAAAAAUUUCUCCAACAAUUUUGAAAAUGCGUACCUGAGGGGAAGCCAUUAUAACGAUGGGGUGGAGAGAACGUCAAGUUACACCGGCGAAGUUGGGAAAAAAAAAAACGUCACUGUAGAUAUUGGGGGAGUGAAUAAACAUGUUUGCGGUGGUGUCAACCUUUUGGGGAUAAACAACCCACAUGAAUUGCAGCCCUUUGAGGGAGCACACAUGGGGAUGGGUGAACAGGGGAGCGCAAUGUACAGAAAUGUGCCCAGCAACAACUCAAAUGUUGUUAUACCUGCUGAUGGGAUGGGCAAUGUACAGACGGAUGAGCGGAAUGGAGUUGGCUUCUAUAGUGGCCCCCUAAUGGGGAGAGAAUCACUCCCCUUGGGCAACAAAAGCAGUAUGAAUAGGUUAGGCGAGACAGCCGAUUUCGGGGGGAAGGAAAGCAGCGACCUCUCCGAAUCGAGACAUAACGACAACACGGUUAGGAUUAUAUCCAGCGAGGGUUACGUUUCUGCCCAGAGGAGGGAAGUCAUCGACGGGCGCGAUUUGAGGCAGUACUGGUUCGACUACAUAAAUAGCAGCUUUGGUAGCGUCAAUGCGAGUGACAUACGGGGGUUGAUAUUUGGCAAUUCGCACGGUCGCCCCGGUAGUGCUGUUUCCAACAAGGUGGGGCCCACGUCCAGUCAGACGCAACAAUUUGCAUGUACUGUUCCUGGGGACGUCUCCGCCAACCGAAUUAGUGAAGAGGCGCUGGCGGAACUCAUCCGGGAAAAGAUAAAGGACAGCAUAAAUGACGUAGUUGAGAGGUUGCUCAAUCAGAGGAAGAGCCCCGACUUAGUGAGAAAGGACCUCCUGAACGAAGUUGAAAAGGAGCCCAAUUUGAGCCACGCAUCGGAGGGGUACCACAACAGGGGAAGAGACAACAGGGGAAGAGACAACAGGGGAAGAGACAACAGGGGAAGAGACAACGGGGUGUGCUGCAACAGUAGUGUGAAGGGUGACCAGGUGGGGGCAGACGAGGAUGUCGCGCCAGUAGAAGGGGUCGCCGAAGAGAUGAGGGAAAAAAAAAACAAUCUUCUUUUUAACAACGGAGUGACUAGAACCACAGGUGAAUCACCAGUGGGGGAAGCCGACCAGGCAAAGGGCGGCAGCAAGACAGCACGUUGCUCUGAAGAACUUCAAAACGAGGAGCAUCCACCACAGGGGAGUCAUCUCCUGGGAGGAGAAUCCACCAAAGAAACGAUCCAGCUGGAGGAGGAAGACAUACACGAAAUUGAGAAGCUGAAUAAUCACCUCAAAUUGAACAAAAUAAAAAAAUCUAUAAAUCUGCAAAAGGGAGACAAAGAAAAGAAUCAAGUGAAUUGGAAAAAACUGCUUUACAAUUGUAUAGACAUAAUCUACCUGUUGACGAACGAAAAUAAUGCGAAAAAUAAAAAAAUGAAUUCCCUGUUAGGAGAAAUAAACAAGCUGAGCGAAUAUGAGAAGAAGAUAGACAACCUGAAUGAGGAGAAUGAAAAACUCAAAGUAGAAAUUUUGCAAAAAAACGAACUCGUGAAAAAGAAAGACAUCAAAGAAAGGACAAACCUAAAUGUCAAAAUCGCUGAGCAAGGGAAAAAAAUUGCCAACUAUGAGAAGGACAUUAACAUAUAUAAAAAUAAAGUCACCAAAUUGAAUCAUAAAAUAAGCAACAAGGAUAACGAAUUGGAUAAGCUGAAAAAGAAGUACCAGCUAGUUUUAGACGAAAUUGAAAAGUGCAAACAGGAUGCCACUGCUACUCUGAAGCAGGUGCUGAACAAGAAACACACCACCCUGGUGGAUAGGCAGUGUCUAGACAUUUCCAAAUAUUACGAGGUUGAGAUGUGCGUGCUUAACAGGCAAAUCAGAAAUUUGAAGGACCUCCUCAAAAGUGAGACCAAGGAGAAAAUGAUGCUCAGCAGGAAGUUAGGCGAGUGGUCUAAGGGGCAGCCCGAGGGGCAUUCCCAUGGGCAGUCCAACGGACAUCCCAACACAGGUUCGUAUUCCCGCUCGGACACACACAGUGAUGACGACCGUGGGGAGGAACGCCGCAGAAAGGCGGACACCCGUGAACAAACCGACGAAGGCACCUACAAAAAAAUGUGCCAAAAUUUAUUCAACGAAAUGAAUGAAAUAAAGAGAAAUUUUGACAAUCAGAGAAUUUUAUAUGACCAAAAAAUUGAGCAACUCGAGCAAAAGCAGGAGCUGCAAAAUAUUAAGAAUAAAUUGGACGCAUCCGAAAAAAUUGUGGAAGUGUACCAAAAUAUUUUUCGCGAAAAUGUGAAUUAUAUAAAAAGUGAUAAUUUGCAAAAACGGGAUUUCAGUCAAACCAUCGGUGAGGUGCAUCCCCAAGGGGAGGGCAAAAGUUACGGCCAUUUGCAGAGCGCUCAGAAGGAUGAUUUGACCAGAAAGGCAGAUGACGGUGGCUUGGCUCGACAUUCCAAUGGGGGGAGCAGCUACGACGACUUUGGCAAAUGCUCCGUUGCCUUGUCGAGGAAGGAUAAUGCUAAUCCUCAGAUGAAUGCCACAUUCGCGUCUUGCAGCAUGCCCGGGGCGUCUGCAGAGUUCACCAUGAGCAGGCUCCCAGUGGUUAGCGGCAUGGUUAGCGGCGUGGCUGGCGGCAUGGUUAGCGGCGUGGCUGGCGGCAUGGUUAGCGGCGUGGCUGGCGGCAUAGCUAGCGGCAUGGUUAGCAGCACUGGCAUGGCGAGCGGCCUAGUGCCAGUCGGCCCGCAGAACUAUCUGAGCGAGUUUGUGAAGAUGUACCUGGAAAACAACCCAAUCAGUGAAUCCCAAAACGGGUUCAAAACUAGCGACCUCGCAGAAUGGAGCCAAAGAUGCACAGAAAAUGUGCCCAACAGCGAACAAAAAAUUAAUCACCUACAUGAAAGCUUAAUGAAAAUUGAAAAGACAGAAUUGGUUAACAUAUUCAUAAGCAUAUGUAGCGAAUUAAAAAGUGAUAACAUUUUUUUCGUCAUCCAGUUUGUAAAGUUUAUGUCCUUCAUCGUGUAUGAACAGUUCCCCUUAUUCACCUCCUUCUUUUACAACGUCGCCUCGAUCAUUUCGAUCAACUCUACCAAAUUUGAUGAGUACAUAAAUGUGAUAAAGAAGUGGAAGAGCCACUACCUGAAUGGGCAGAAGUACUACCUCUUCCGCAGGAGUGUCCUUUUAAUUUUUCAAGCCGACUUGAAGGACGUCAGACGGAGCGACAUCGACAGGGCUUGCUUGAGCCUCGUCCGCAGUUUGUACCAGAGGAAUCUGGAGAUGUCCAAGUAUUCGAAUGACUCCUUCGAAAAGGCCGAGUACAUAAUCAACAAGCACUCCAAGGAAAUCAUCAGCAAAGUCAUUAAGACCUACAUGAACCUCUACGGCAUUGACAAAAUCAGCAACAUCAUCCCGCACAUGAAUUCGAUGAACUCCAAGCUCAAAACGCAGUCCUACUUCGUCAGGUCCAUAUCGUCCUGCUUGAAUUUGAGCAAAACGGAUAAUUUUCAGGAGAUCGAGCGGAAAAUAAAAGAACUCGCGGCAACCAAGGGGAUCAACGAAAAGAUAAAGAACAGAAUAAACGUAGACGAAAUAGACGAGUAUCUGGCGGCGUACACAAUUAUGGGCACGCUGAAGAAGUACCUGAACGUUACCCUCACCCAGGACCUGCUGCCCUCCAUCUCGAAGAUCAUUCAGAAGAACAGGUCAUCCCAGUGA